CGAGGGGGCGUGCCUGGGGCCGGGGGCGCGGUGUCCGGCGCCUGAAGACGGAAACACUCGGGCCCCUUGGCUGCGGCGAGCGCAGGGCGGCGUGCGCGUCUGGCGGGCUCGGGGACAGCAGGGCCUGGCGCUGGUCGGCCUCGCGUGCCGUGGAAGCCUCGGUGGCCCGCGGCGUGGGUUCUCACGGAUCUCGGCGCGAUGACGCCUGCGGCACCCGGCCGCGUCCUGCUGUGCUGCCUCGGCCUGGCCUUCGGGUACCUGUGCUGCGCGCACGGGCUCUGGAGCAGUGACAACCAUGAGUGGGAAAAACUGAUUAUGGUUCAUCACUGGCCUGCAACAGUGUGCAAGCCUCCUCACAUCAGAUGUUUCAGUCACCUGACCACACCCUCCCUCAUGUCGAGACCAACCUGGAAAGACGCCGCCUCCCCGCAAGCGGCAAUAGCGGAGGAAGGGGCGAGACUGGCCGCCUCACCUGGCCCUCACCAGACCCUGACCUCUGCCUUUCGUUUGCGCAUUCACCACGGGGAUUUCAAAGAGGUUGAAAAUGACUGCAGAAACCCCCCGGAUUACUGGACAAUACAUGGGUUAUGGCCUGAUAAAGCGGAAGAAUGUAAUCGAUCCUGGCACUUUAAUUUAGACGAGAUUAAGGAUCUUUUGCAAGACAUGAGGAUAUACUGGCCUGAUGUGAUCCACUCGUCUCCCAAUGGCAGCUUCUUCUGGAAGCAUGAGUGGCAGAAGCACGGGACGUGUGCGGCCCAGCUGGACGCCCUCAAUUCACAGAAGAAGUACUUCGCGAAAGGUCUAGAUCUGUACAGGGGGCUCGCCCUGAACAGCAUGCUGCAGAAACUGGGGAUAAUCCCAUCUGGCAAUUACUAUCAGAUUGCAGACAUCAAAGAUGCCCUUGCUGGCUUAUACGGAGUCAUACCUAAGAUCCAGUGUCUUCUGCCAAAGCAGGGUGAGGAGGUACAAACCAUCGGUCAGAUCGAGCUGUGCUUUACCAAGGAUUUGCAGCUGCGAAACUGUACGGAGCCGGGGGAGCUGGCAGCCGCCGGGCAGGGAACGUGGUCGGCAGGGGCAGCCAUGGGCCUGCAGGUCUGCAAGGAUGGCCCCGUCUUUUACCCCCCGCCCCAGGAGACAAACCACUGAUGCCCACGUUUUGGAAAUUCGUACUCUGUGUUUUGAACAGCAAGAGAAAUUCGCAAAGCGUUGCUUUUGAAAGGGCAACUCUAAUGUGCAACCUUGUUCUUACAACUUCCUGUAAUGUCAGCCUGUUUUGCUGUUUUGCUUUUCACUUCACGUCUGUGAGUUGAUUUUUGUAGAACAUUGAAUAAAGCUUAGGUUUUCUUUUUUUUCUCCUUUAUUAA